AACGCUUUUAUUGGCAUUAUCUCGCAUUCCAAGAGUGAUAAAUCUUAGUGAAACAUCUUUUAAUGAAGCAUCUGAGCCUUUAAAAUUCAUUUUCAAUGAAAAGUACAUAACGUCCAAUAAGAGAAUAACAAAUCAUGACGUUCAGUUGAUCAUCCUCGCUUUGCAGACUCCCACACAGCCAUUUUCCACGGCUCAUUCAGAAAUUUCUUCCUUUUUUUCAGCCUCUCACACUGGAGACUGAGAGUGGCGCUGUCCGCGGUGCUGAAACACCCAGAUCGAUCAUUACAGAGCGGCGGAGCGGUUUGACGGGCAGUCGAGGUUGCAGCAGGCAGAGGGAGACGGUGGAAGGUAACGCAGGGAGGCAGCAUCAUGGCGGACAGAGACAGUGGCAGUGACCACGGAGGGCCCACCGCAGGCCCCGGCUCGCUGCCCCCGGGCGCGAUGGGCGCCAUGUCCCGGCUGCAGCACGACACCGAGGAGCUCGCAUCCAAGCGCAUUGACAUCCAGAACAAGCGCUUCUACCUUGACGUGAAGCAGAACGUGAAAGGCCGCUUCCUAAAGAUAGCCGAGGUCGGCGCUGGGGGAAACAAGAGCCGCCUCACUCUCUCCAUGUCAGUGGCCGUGGAGUUCCGCGAUUAUCUCGGGGACUUUAUCGAACAUUACGCCCAGCUGGGCCCGACCAACCCGGACAUGGUGCAGGAUGAGCCCAGGCGGGCGCUGAAGAGCGAAUUCCUGGUGCGGGAGAAUCGGAAAUAUUACAUGGAUCUGAAAGAGAACCAGAGGGGGCGGUUCCUGAGGAUCCGGCAGACCGUUAAUCGGGGGCCGGGAUUGGGAAGCGCGCAAGGCCAGACCAUCGCUCUGCCGGCGCAGGGGCUCAUCGAGUUCCGCGACGCGCUCGCCAAACUCAUCGACGACUACGGCGUGGACGAGGAGCCGGCGGAGCUCCCGGAGGGCACCUCGCUCACGGUCGACAACAAGCGCUUCUUCUUCGACGUGGGCUCCAACAAGUACGGGGUCUUCAUGCGGGUCAGCGAGGUAAAGCCCACGUACCGGAACUCCAUCACGGUUCCCUGCAAAGUGUGGUCCAAAUUCGGCAACACGUUCUGCAAAUACGCGGAGGAGAUGCGGAAGAUCCAGGAGAGGAGUCGAGAGAAGCGGGCCUCCGAACUGCUACCUGAGGGCCCGCACGGCGGGGAUGAUGCGGACGACGACUGACCGACAGGACGCACGGACGCACAGACGGACGGACGGACGGACGGACGCGGGUUCCAGACGCGAACAACCACCGGAGACCAGACUUGAAGCUGUAAAAUAGAAGGAGAAAUUUCCAAGGGAAUCACCCCCCCACACACACUUCACCUCCACAGACAUGACAGCCCCUCUGCUGUCUUCUCGCUCAUUUUACUGGAUGUCACCCCACUUCCCACCCAUGUAACAGUAAGCCGCUGCUAUCAAGAGUUGAACUGUAAGAUAUGAACUUUUUCCUACUUGACUUAAAUGACAAUGAACAGAGUGUUUAUAUCUCUAUCAAUGACAGAUUUUGCACACAUUCAAAAAAAGAACGUCUAGUUGUUUUCAGACAUACUAAGAUUUAAUCCAAGCAGAUCUAUUAUAUGACCAGUCUUCAUGUAGAGCCAAUAUUUGACAUCAGCACAAAGAGAAUAUAAUGUAUGAUAAACUUCAUGAAACCAAAAUCUGAGCGCAGAUGUAUAGUUUACUGUAAAGGUACAGCAGAGUAGCUUAAAAAAGAAAAAAAAAGAAGUAAGCACUCUUUAAAGUGUGGUGAGGCCACCUGUCGAAACGCUUGUAGGCUCUUAUUUUGAAAAGAAGUUGGCAGUAGAAUUUAUUUGGACCUAAAAUAUGGGUCGAAGCUGCUUGACAGCCUUUAUGGAAACACAAAAUAACCUCCUUUGUGCUUCUCAAACAGAUGGGAUACAUUGAUGGAGCUCUAAUAUCCACUCUCUUGCACCACGUCCAUGUAAAGAAAAAAAAGUGCUAACUUAGAUGUACUAAUUAUGAUUUUGUGAAUCAGCUGUAAAAAAAAAUCCUUAAGAUACCCACGUUUUCUGUGGGUUAAGUCUUUGUUACUUUUUUUUUCCUCCUGGGGGAGGGUGGGGAUGCAAAAAUGGUCCAUUUGUGGGAGAAGGAGGGCACAGAAACAAGACACAAAAAAAGACAGCUUGUGGCGAGGCAACGCAUCCUCUCUGACGUCAUUACGACCCGUGCCUUAUACACUCCGCUCGUUUACGUGUUCUCACGUGGAUGGUCUGCGACCUCGACCGCCGCUGUACGUUCUUUCAUUUUUACGAGUGUUGUUAUGUAGGCAGAAACAUGUGGGUUUUCUCACGUCCCUGCAGUGCGUGGCCGCAACAAAAGAAGGACAAAAAAAAAA